GUUGGCUGUAUGACAACAGGGAGCUCUGACGUCACAGUUUCUACGAUGUUCUAGAAAUCGAAAAGGCAGAUUCUCGUCUCUGAUUGGCUGGUUCUGUCUAAUCUUACCCCCUCCAUAUGAUCAGAAACCCAGAAAUCAGCAGCAGACAAAGCAAAUUCGUCAGUAUCAAGAAAGCAGACAACACGUUGAACACAAGUUUUGUGAAUCUUUCAAUUUUUAUUGUGAUCUAGAAUUUAUUAAAUUACACCAAAGAUGCCACGACGAGGAAGGUCACCAUCUCCUGCACCAAGCCGACGUGCGCCGGCCCCAGUACAGCAGAGGGCUGCACCCCCCGCUCCCGCCCCUGUCCAACAGCAGCAGCCAAUGGUGAUGCAGCCACAGCAGCAGCAGCCAAGCAUGUUCCAGCAAAUGGCUGCCACCGCUGGAGGAGUUGCUGUUGGAUCAGCUGUGGGUCACACAGUAGGCCACGCGCUGACCGGUAUGUUCAGUGGAGGUGGCAGCAGUGAGGCAGCCGCCCCCCAGGCAGCCGCUCCCCAAGGCGCGGCCCCACAGCCAUACGUUGGCGCCCAGGGUCCAAAUGAGCCGACCGGCGCAUGCGCCUGGGAGAUCAAACAGUUCCUGCAGUGCGCCCAGAACCAGGGUGAUCUCAGUCUGUGCGAGGGAUUCAACGAGGCACUCAGACAGUGCAAGACUGCUCAUAAUAUGGCUUGAAAACAUCCUGAACUGUAGUAAUCUACCGUAUUAAAGUGAGUAUUAUACUUUGGAGGAUCGCCCACUAUAUUCAUGGUUUCCAACAUCUUCAAUGACAUCUAUAAAAAAAUUCGAAUAAUUGAAACAUAUGUGAUAGACUAUAUGUUAUUUACCAUCUUGAUGUUUAGGUUCUACGAAAUUCAUUUACAUUGUUUAAUUGAUUAUUAAAUAUAAUUGUUCAAUUAC